AAGUUGGUGAGAUGUGUCUUCUACCGAUUCACAGAAACAGAAACAGAGAUUCAUCGUAUAAAGUCUUAAAAUAAUUAAUUAUCUCAGGCCCCUUUUUGCUUUAUUUUUUUAUCUCUCCUUUUGAGGAUUUGAGGAAGUAAGAAAAAAUGCAUCUGAUCAAUGCUGUGGCGGCGGCGAGGAUGCUGUCCGGAUUCGGACAAUCCAACGGAGGAGGGGAGUCGAUCCCGUUUGGAUCGCCGUGGUGGUUCAUCUACGCAGGAGUCUCUUGUUUCCUCGUUCUGUUCGCGGGAAUCAUGUCUGGUCUGACUUUGGGGCUUAUGUCUCUCGGUCUCGUCGAGCUCGAGAUUCUCCAACGCAGUGGCACUCCCAAGGAAAAGCAACAAGCCUCUGCGAUAUUCCCGGUUGUUCAGAAACAGCAUCAGCUUUUAGUGACACUGCUUCUGUGCAAUGCUGUUGCAAUGGAGGGGCUUCCUAUAUAUUUGGAUAAGUUAUUCAAUGAAUACGUUGCCAUUAUUCUUUCUGUCACUUUCGUUCUCGCUUUCGGUGAGGUUAUACCUCAAGCGAUAUGCACUAGGUAUGGACUCGCCGUUGGAGCUAAUUUCGUCUGGCUUGUCCGCAUUUUAAUGAUUCUCUGCUACCCUAUUGCCUUUCCCAUUGGCAAGAUCUUGGAUUUGGUAUUGGGACACAAUGACGCUUUGUUUAGACGUGCUCAGUUGAAAGCUCUUGUCUCCAUUCACAGCCAAGAGGCUGGCAAGGGAGGUGAACUUACGCAUGAUGAGACAACAAUUAUUAGUGGAGCACUUGAUUUGACCGAGAAGACUGCACAAGAAGCCAUGACUCCAAUCGAAUCAACCUUCUCCUUGGAUGUAAAUUCAAAAUUGGACUGGGAAGCUAUGGGUAAGAUUCUGGCACGAGGCCAUAGCCGAGUUCCUGUCUACUCUGGGAAUCCUAAAAACGUUAUUGGACUUCUCUUGGUAAAGAGUCUACUGACAGUUCGACCUGAAACAGAGACACUUGUCAGCGCGGUUUGUAUACGUAGAAUGCCAAGGGUUCCAGCUGAUAUGCCUCUGUACGAUAUACUAAAUGAGUUUCAAAAAGGAAGCAGUCACAUGGCUGCAGUUGUGAAGGUUAAGGGCAAAAACAAAGUUCCUCCUUCAACUUUGCUUGAAGAAAACUCUGAAGAAAGCAAUGACUCGGAUUUGACUGCACCUCUCUUACUGAAACGAGAAGGGAACCACGACAAUGUCAUUGUCCAAAUCGACAAGGCUAAUAGACAGUCGUUCUAUCCAAACAACGAGACUGUUCCACACGGCUUCACACAUACUUCAGAGGAUAUCGAGGAUGGUGAAGUUAUCGGUAUCAUCACUUUGGAAGAUGUUUUUGAAGAGCUUUUGCAGGAAGAGAUUGUGGAUGAAACUGAUGAAUAUGUUGACGUACAUAAAAGGAUUCGAGUAGCAGCAGCAGCUGCUGCCUCGUCAAUAGCUCGAGCUCCUUCAAGCAGGAGAUUGAUUGCACAAAAGGGAGCUGGUGGUGGACAAAAUAGGCAAGCGCAGACGGUAAAAAGUUCUAUUACCGAGCCUGUUGAGGGGAAGCAACCAAUAUAA